AAGUUGAUUGGAUGUCCAUAGAAUAUUAUUAUGAAAGAUACAAUAUUUUUAUUAACGCUGUACUAUCUAACAGAUUUUAAUCCGUUAGUCGGUUUUGCGCAGGGCAUAAUAUCCAGCAUCAGUGAUUGAUAAUUUUUUACAUAUUUGAUGCACUACCCGGGGGGUGGUAGUGGGCGUCCAAGGGAUGCAAGUAAACAUAUACAAAAAGAAAUAUAUAAAUUUGAUAAAAUCACUUAGUUGUUUUGUUAGUUAUUAAAUCGUCAAAUAUCUACAAGUACAUGUUAAUAUGUAUAACUUUAGUUCAAAGACCAAUUUAAUAAAAUAUUUAAGUGUCGAUUUAAAUUAGGCAAGUUUUGAAUAUUAUUUUAAAAACUAUAUACAGCGAUUAAAAUAUUUAGAUCACCUUGAAUAUACAAUAAAAUUGAUCUAAUAAUGUGAUUAUUUUGAAGUUAAGUCUAACGUGUAUCAAAAACAACUAUUUGUUAAAAAGUUAUACAGCAUUUACAUACUGUAGAGUAUACAAAUAAAUGGAAUCAGCUAAAAAUGUUUCUACAAUUAACCCUGAUGAUUCAAAAAAUAUUUCUGAGAAAGAAAGAAAUGGUAAUAUUUCUAUGCAAAUUAUGCCAAAUCAAGCGUCUCUUCAUUCAAAUCAAAUUCUUUUAAUAAAUAACACGGAUGGUCAACCAGUGUCUGGUAUUUUAUUACCAACUAAUCAUUUUAUGUUUAAAUUAAACCAGAAUCAAUUUCCAUCAGAGUUAGAAGUUGAUGAAAAUAUUGAACGUGAAUAUCCAUCCAAAUAUUUUUCCAUGAAUUCAAAUGAAAAAAAAAUGUUUCGGGAAACAUUUUAUAACACUUUACUUCAUUUUAAACACCAGAUUAUUAGAGAUGGACGAGUUGUUACUUCAUCUGAUCCUAUUUGGGAUCAAGUUGCCCAAAAACUAAAUAAUAUAUUGAAACCAAAAAGUAUUUAUAAUCGUUUUAUACUAAAUAAACACUCUUGUCGUACAAGGAUUAUUCAAGAAUAUGUAAAAAAUUCAGUCACACAGUCAAUAGACACAUCUUUGUCAAAUGAUUUUUUAAAUACUGACCAAAUGCUGGAAGCUUCUGAGAAAAGACCAGGUUAUGUUGAUGAUGAAACAUUUUUCAAUGCACUUUUUACUUUUAAAGAAAAAAUUUUACCAAAUGGUGAAGUUGCUCCAAGUGUAGAUUCAGUUUGGAGUGAAAUAUCUGCAUACUUAAAUCAUGCAUUGAAACCAAAUAGUAUUUAUUUAAGAUUCAAACGAAACACUCAUAAUUGUCAAAAGAAAUUGCUUGUUCAAUGUAAGUUUGAUCCUUCAACAGUAAAAACUUAUGAAGUAUCUAAUCGAAAAGCAGUUUAUUCAACUGAUAAGCCAUUUACAAGAAUUAAGAAAAAAAACUUAAAAUUUGAAGAUUCUAAUAAGUUUUUCAAAGCAUUAUAUGCUCAUAGACACCUAGUUAUACAAAAUGGAUCAAUUGCAAAACAAAAUAGUUUUGUUUGGAAUGAAGUAGCCAAGAUGUUGGAUUAUGCUUUAGAGCCUGAAGAUGUGCACUCUAAAUUUAUUCGCAACCACAAUUUAUGCCAAACUAAACUCAUUGAAGCUUGUAAAGAGGAUAAAGAUUUUACCCCUAUUAAUUUACCUAAAUUCAAUAAACAAAAUUGUGUAUCAGAUCAUUCAUUUUUCAAUACAUUAUGCAAGUACAAAAAUGAUAUUCUUCAGAAUGGAAGUGAAAUAGCAAAGUUUUCUCAUCCUGUUUGGACUCAAAUUUCUAGAGAUCUUAAUGAUGCAUUAAAGCCAGCAACUGUUUAUUUCAGAGUUUCAAGAAAUUCUCAAAUGUGUUUGAAUCGUCUCAUUAAACUUCAUAAUGAUUCAUCAGAUUUCAAUUGUAAACCAAUUAUCACUAAAGCUGAAUUUUUCGAAACUAUAUGUUUGUAUAAAUAUUCAAUUUUGAAUGAUGAGAAAAUAGUUGAUCUUACAGAUCCAGUUUGGAAUGAAAUUUCUCUUCAACUAAAUUCAGCUAUGACUCCUGAAGCCAUAUAUAAUGCUGUAGUAGGAGAUGAAAAUUUUUGUAAAACAAAAAUGAUUCAAGCUUUAAAAACUGAAUGUAGUGUUUUUUCAGGAAAUAAUCAUGAUGAAUCAGAAGCAAUUGGUGAAAUAACACCAAUUAUUGAAUGUAAAGUGGACAAUGAUGUUAACAUUGAUGAUUUUAUUGAAGUUCUUAGAAACUUCAAAUCUUCUAUUUUAAAAAAUAAUGGGCAACUAGCAACAAUAAAUGACAAAGUUUGGGAAGAAAUAUCAGACUUACUAAAAAAUAUGAAACCGGAGGAAGUUUACUCACGAGUCAUAAAUGAUUAUAAAAAUUGUCGUAGUAGACUUUUUACUCCUAAUUCUAAUCAGAAAACUUAUUUUUUUGAUGCAUUGUACAGUUACAGAAAUUCAGUCAUCAAUAAUAGUGUUAUUGCAAAUAUAAAUAAUCCAGUGUGGAAAAAAAUAAGUGAAAAGUUAAAUAGAACUUUGGAACCCAAAGAAAUUUAUUUAAGAUUCGUUAAAGAUAAAAAAUUUUGCCGUACAAAACUUUUGGAAGCUUUAAAAAAAGAAAAUGCACAAGUUGUUAGUUUUGACAGAGAUCAAUUUAUAAAUGCUUUAAUAGAUCACAAAGACAUCAUUUUAAAAAAUGGAAUUUGUGCAAAAGCUGGAGAUCCAAUAUGGACACAAAUAGCCAACAAACUAAAUUUUAUAAUGAAACCAUUAGGUAUCUAUAACAACUUUUUGAUGAAUAGAUAUAACUGUCAAAGAAAAGUGAUUGAAGCUUUUGAACAAGAAAGAGAGAACAAAAUGCGUAAAACUAUAAAGUUUACAACACAAAUUGACCAUGACUACACUAAAGGUGAUAUUGACACUAGUUUUGAAGAUAUAGUAUUUAUGAGACAAAAGGUUGGGUAUGUCCAAGAAAACGAUUUCUUAGAUGCAUGUAUAUAUUUUAAGGAUAGUUUAAUAAAAAAUAACAAAAUUGUAUCAUCAACAAAUGAUGUGUGGAAUAAAAUAUCUAAACAUCUCAAUUAUGCUAUAAAAGCUAAAACAGCUUAUUUACGUUUUAAAAGAAAUACUCACAACUGUCAAACUACACUUUUCAAAUUAUUAAAUUUGCCUAAACCCUACAUUGUCAAUCAAGAAGAACUAUCAUGCAGUGAUGAAGAUUUAAAUAUUGAAAAUGAAAUGUUCUUUGAUGCUAUUACUAUUUUUAAACAUUCCAUAAUUAAUUAUGGUGAUUUUGCUGGUGAAAACUCUCCAGUAUGGUUAGAUGUCUCAAAUUUAAUGGAUAACUUACUAAGUCCCAAAGAAGCAUUUGAGAAGUUUCAUCUAAAUGUAGAUUUGUGUCGUACAAAGCUUACAGAAAAAUGUUUAUCUGAUUGGAGUACAGAAUCAGAUGUGGUUAUUAAAAAUAGACUUAAUUUGAUUAAAGAAAAAGAGUCUAAAUGGGAAAUUAAUUCACAAAGUAAAUUGUCAAAUAAUCAUAUAAGGGGAAAAUGUAGUGAACAAGGUAUAAUAGAUGAUGUUUUAUUUUAUGAUGCUAUAUAUAAACAUAAAAAUGAAGUAUUUAAUAAUGAUUUAGUUGCUAGUAGUUCAAAUCCUGUGUGGUUCGCAAUUUCUGAAGAAUUAAAUAAUCAUAUGACCCCAUUAGAAAUUUGUUUAAAAUUUAAAAAUAAUUUGGCUAGUUGUAAUAUAAAGUUUUCUGAAGCUGCACAAAGAUACAAUUUUUUGAAAGCAAAACAAGAACAAUCAAUGGAAGUUGAUAUAAUUGAUUGUAGUCAAUACAUGGAAAUUGAUCAAGAAAUGACAUUGAAUUCUUUUGAAGAUACUGAUUAUACAAAUAUAAUCACUACCCCAACAAUAAAUACUCAAGUCAAUAAACUUAAAUCAAAAAAAGAUCUCACAUUUAAAACUAAGCACAAUGGAAUUACAUUGAUUGAUUGUGAAGAUAAUUGAUAUCACUAAAUAUUAAACUAUUAUUCAUAUUAUGUAUAGAUUUUUUUUCUUUGAAUAUUAAGGACUAACUAUGUUACCUAUUUUAAUUUGAUAUAUUUGAUUUUUUUUUUAUUUGGGGUUGUGCAAUAUGUCCUUGAUAUUAUUAUUUUUUAUGUCAAAUAUUAUUUUGCUACCAUAUAAAUGACUCAUAGAUAUUUUUAUUCAUUUAAUGUUACCUAAUGUUGUUCCUUGCUUUAAAAAUAUUAGUUUAUAAUGUAUAUUUGACUUUCUAGAAAAUAUUUAAUAAAAUGUAAUUUAUUAAAUGAGAAUGCUCAAAUUAGGACUAAUCCUCAUAGUAUCAAUGAUGAAACCCUUAUGAAUUAUAAAAUCAUUUUAACUCUUUAAGACUCAUUUGAUUUAAGUUUACCUUUCUUUUCUGAAGACUUGUAUCUACUACCUUUAUAAAUAUACUUAGAUAUGACAUAUAUUAAGUCAUAUUGUUAUUAGCUACUAUAAAAUUAUUUUUGUUCAUUGUUUGAUCAUAUAAAAUUUUAAAUACUUAACAGUAUUAUAUUGUAUUCUACUUAUUGUAAAACAUCAGGAUUUUUUUUUGUGAAAGACCUAAGAAAUUUUUUUGUUUUAAUAUUUUACAAUCUAAUUAUCACUGUUACUAAUUACAUUUUUGAAAAAAAAAUUUUUUUCUUUGUUAAUUUUGUAAACAAUAAAUUACUCAACAAUUUAAAUUGCUAUACUAAUUUAAAAUUUAUUAUCUGCUCAGUUAUGUUUAUCUCACAUAAUUAAAGAUAAUAUUUAACUAUAAGUAAUUAUUUGUUAAAUUAGCAUUGUAUGAUUUUAUCAUUUAUUUAAAAUAGUGAAUGUUUAUUUUUUUUAAUUGACAAAAAAUAUAAAUUAUGAAUAGAUAAAUUGUGCCCAAGAUUUUGUGAUUAGAGUUAUAGAAUAGUAAAUUUAAAAUAAGGAUGUCUGAUGUGUAUAAUAGAUUGAUUUUGCAUUUAUGAAAAAAACUUCAAUUUAUCUAAUCUUUUUUUUAACUUAUUACUGAUUUUUUUAAAUUGAAAAUUGUAAAAGUUCUGAGAUUUUAUGCCCAAUACUUUAAAUAUAAGAACUGUCAAAUAUAAUUAAUCAAAUAAAUUGAGUG